UCACACAGAGCAACACGCAACAUGUGGUCAUAAUUGACUCAUGAUGACUCAUAAAAACCACUCAAAGGAUUCCAACCCGGGUGAACGUCGCCUGACAUUUGCGAACGUAUACUGGAUAAAGAUGUUUUUGUAAACUACAUAGAGCAAUGGAGAAAAACAACAUUGAAGUGUUUCUUUGUAUACCUUGUAAUCUACGUGUUGGUGGCGCCAAUUGCUGUUUCUUUCAAGAGGAACAAAAACGAAGAUGCACUAUGGGAAACAGAGCCCGGGAAAGGGCGGCGCUCUAGCGAAGUCCCGCCUUCCGGUUAAAAGAGCCAAUCAUCAAUCGAUAAAGAUGGCCACAGUGCAGAGACCUACAUAAACACGACUUUCCGAUAAAUCCUGCAUAUUAUUAAAAUAGGCAAUUUUCAAGGGUACAUUUUAAAUCCAUUUGCAAACACAUUUGUGUUUGAUAUAUUUUUUGUGUAAUUAUAAUGUGCCUUUUUAAACCACGGAGUAAAAUAAACGAGUCUUUACGGUAAGUUUUACUUCUGGCCAAUCGUUUUUGACUAAUUUAGUUGGGUCAUCAACGACACGCCUACUGUAAUGGCGCUUCCGGACUGGACCGUGUAUUUACUUUGUAUUGCUUCAGUAUGUGGAGGGGUUUGCGUUUGUCGUUUUAUUAGAUGUGGCAGAAAAACUUCAUGGACAAAUACUGUGAUCGGUAAACUGAUGGCUCGAACAGAGAAACCAUUGUUUUGGAUUGCGUACUCUCUUUAUACACGGACAAAACUCGGGUAUAUGUUUCAUAAGAGGCAGAUAAGGAAAGCAAGGGAACGAUACCCCUCCGGCCACUCCAGAACUCAACCCACUAUAAUAAACGGCGUCAAAAUCAUACCAGUACCCAUCCUGUCAGACAACUACAGCUAUGUGGUUAUUGACACCACAUCGAAUCUGGCAGUUGUGGUGGACCCUGCCGACCCCCAGCCUGUUCAGGCAUGCCUGGAGGAAGAAGGAGUGACAUUACAUGCUGUUCUCUGCACACACAAACACUGGGACCACAGUGGAGGAAACAGGGCUCUAAAGAGACGCUACAGUUCCUGCAGAGUAUAUGGGAAUGCUAUGGACAACAUUCCAGGACUCACACAUCCCCUUUCAGACAAAGACACGAUUGAUUUUGGCACUCGGCUUCAGUUCAGGGCCUUCUAUACUCCUGGGCACACAGUGGGUCACGUAAUCUACGUACUUGAUGGACGGGCGAUCGGUGGCCCCAGCUGUUUGUUUUCAGGGGACCUGGUGUUUCUUUCUGGAUGUGGGAGGAUGUUUGAGGGUAAUGCCUUAACAAUGCUGUCAUCCCUGGACACGGUGGGAUCACUAAAUGAUAAUACUCUGCUUUGGCCGGGACACGAGUAUGCAGAAGAUAAUUUGCUGUUUGCUGCUGAGGUGGAGCCUUAUAAUAUUGUUCGGGACCAGAAGUUACAGUGGGUGCUUCAAAAGAGGGCUCAGGGAUUUUGCACGUGUCCAUCCACUCUGUCAGAGGAGAAACAGUACAAUCCCUUCCUACGAAGCCAUGCUCAGGAUCUCCACCAGGCUCUGGGUCUGCAGCAAAACCAAGAUGAGGACUGGACUUCAUACCGCGCUCGUGUUUUAGAGGAGCUGCGUAGAAGAAAGGACAUUUAUAAGGGCCGAUAAGACUUUUGAUCUACUGAGAUUUGUAUAAAGCAAACCACUGAAACCAUUCCAAGCUAAACAUGUUGUGUUCCCAGCAUUUAAAGGAAUAGUUUACCCAAAAAUGAAAAUCCUGUCAUUAUUUAGUCACCCUCAAGUUGUUCCAAACCUGUGUAGAUUUCUAUGUUCUGUUGAACACAAAAGAAGAUAUUUUGAGCAAUAUUUGUAACCAAACAGUUUUUGAGCACAAUUGAUUUCCAUAGUAUUAUUUUCCUACUAUGGAAGUCCAUGGUGCUCCUGCUUGAUUACAAAUAUCGUCUUUUGUGUUCAGCAGAGCAAAGAAAUGUAUACAGGUUUGUAACAGCUUGAGGGAAGUAAGUAAUGACAGAAUUUUAAUUUUUUGGUAAAAUAUCCCUUUAAGUGCAUUCAAUCACUUAAAAUUAAAAACCUGUGGAGUAAAAUUGUGUCAUAAACUGUAAAUACAAAGGUUCUGUGCACAAAGAGCAUUGGAAGGUAGGCUUGGGCAUUGUUUUCUAUACAAAAUGUUUUUUGAAUUUGAAGGAUUUGUUAAGACUACUGUAUGUGAUCUGAAGUUUUACAUUUCUUAAGUAGUGAUACUGUAUUCCAACCACUGGCCAUUUGUGUUCUCAAUGUUGAGUGAAUACCACAUCUAAAACCACCAACUUUUGCAAUACGUAUGGUACUGCACUAAUAUUUAUGAAGGUUUUGUGAUAUUAAACCCAGAAAUCUUAAA